CAACACCAUCAUGCACAAGCUGCUGGUCAACACGACGGACUUGAACCCACACUUCAUCUGCACACUGUGCCACGGGUACUUUCGGCAGCCCUACACCAUCCGCGAGUGCAUCCACACAUUCUGCAAGAGCUGCAUCUUCAAGUACAUCGUGUCGGGCGUGGGCAACCAAUGCCCGAUCUGCCAGCUCGAGUUUGGGACGUAUCCGUUGUCCGGAACGAAGACAAAGCCUCCUCAAAUCGUACAAGAUCACGUCAUGGAAGGUCUGGUGAAGAAGCUGUUCCCGCAGUUGGACCUGCAAGACAAAGAAGACGAGGAACAGUUUUACGCGGAACUCGAGUUCGACCCCCGAAAUGGCUCCGCUGUCACCCUCGGAAAGGAUGCUAAGUUCAAACGCAUGGGCGGUCCCCUCGUCAAGAUAAUCAUGCGACCCGUGAAGAGCACUCUGCGGGCCACUGGCGACCCCCCUCGAAGUAAAGACAUCACGUUUGCGUGGGAGCUUCCAAACAAAAACAGGGUAUCGGACUUGAAGCUAUGCUUGCGCAAGUUUCUGUCGAGAAAGAACGUCGUGAUGGACUUGGGCGAGAUUCAAAUUCGAUGCAAAGACAAGAUCUUGGGCAAGGAGCAUUCGCUCCAGUUCAUUCAACGCACCAUGUGGAAGAAGGACGCGCCCAUCCAGAUGGAGUACCGCCGCGUGGACGCCACGUCCAAGACGCUCGAACCUUUCGGCGGCCCCGACGCCGAGCGCGACAUUUGAUAUUUAACCACCUCGCAUAGUCUCCAUGUCUUU